UGUAGCCUGUAUACACCUGGGAUAACCUUAAAGUACCACACACUGCCGAUACGGUAACCAGGAAAUGAAGGGAUAGUAUCUUUCCCAACGUUUCACCACUCUAAACACACGGAACAGUAGUUAAUCGGCGGUUAUCCGACACUUAAUCGGCGAUUCAGAAACUCAUAAACGUUCAUCCGGCCGGUUGUUUAUAAUCUAGACUGUCCAAUAUUGGAAAUAUUACCAACAGUCGUUCAAAAAUUAUCGAUGCAGGCCGCCGAAUUGGAAGAUGUUGCGUCGAGUGAAGUCCUUCAACACUCUUUGACUGUCCAGUCAAUCAUUAUUACAAAUUCUUCUUUUGCAGCUAGGUCACAGCGUGUGAAGGUGGACGGUCGGGUUAACACACAAAAGUACCAGAACAUCGGUGCAGGUCUACAGGGAAUUGUAUACGAACGAUUGGGUUGUACGCAUGUGAACAAGAAAGAACUACCACAAAACUCUGGUCGCCGUCUACAAGCCGAAUUUGAAAUUCAUCGAAGAGUAUGGGAGGCGUUUGCCAAGUAUAGCAGGUUCAGCAAUGAUGUUCACGUGCCAAAACCAUAUAAGUUCUUUUCGAAGAAUCUUAUAUCGCCGGAGCUUCUUUCUCGAAUGCCUAAAUUUGACCAAUAUCCCAGCGACAUAGUGACAAUGGAAAGGAUCCUACCACUCCCUAAGGUGGUGCGAAAAGCAAUGAUUCGAAAACUCUAUCCCGGUGGUUGCAACGAUGAGCAUCUCGUGACUCAAUUAUUGGAUAACACGGCAAACAAGCAUUGUCUAGCCCGCAUUUACCUAGGAAAGAAAACGAUUACACUGCCCAAAGAGAACUUUACCUUACGAAAUAUUCCACUAACGCUAGAAAUAAUGGCUGAGCUGGGUUUGGAAAUGGGCCACUUCGCUGCCAUGAUCGGCAAUGCGUACGCGAUCAUGCAUUGGGCUGCUAGGAUUACUGGAGACGACGUCGAGUUUGUCCUUGGUACUUCGACUAUUUCGACAACCGCUAAUAGCGACUUUCAACAUCGGGCUAUCCAUUUAUAUCUCCUGGACUUUGGCCAAUGUGAAACUGUCGAUAUGGAGGCAGACCCGGAGGAGGUAUUCCAGUCAUUAAAGGGGUCAAUGGUCCUGCAACAAAACCAACUGUAUCUCCCGCAUCCCGUCAGAAGCACUCAUUUAUAUCAGGCUUGGAAAUCAGCAUAUCUUAGCACCGCGCACGAGAUCAUCUCGAAUGAGGGCCUCUCCUUCGACCCCGAGAAAUUUUGUCAAGAGUAUGAAGAGUAUCUGGAGGAUUUUGAUCCUUGAAUAAGACCAUAGUCCGCUACUGUUACACGCGUACAAGCUAUAUAAGCUGAAUACGCAGUUCGCCUUGCACUUUAGCCGUACGAAAGGCCACUGCAGGCUGUUCAUGGUCAUUCAAAGACGUGCAGGCAAUAUUGGAAAGUGAAGUUAUACAGACUUCUUCUCGAAACAAGCUCUUGAGACCUAGGCGGUCUGGGUUGGCAGACCAGUUGUAUAUAGAGUCGAGUCAAACCACCAAGGCCAAGAUGGAACUGGUUGGUCAAGGAUUGCUCAUUAUGUUAUGAAUAGCAUCAAUUCCAAGUCCAGUUUUCUGC